AUGACAUUUUUCCGAUUUUUUACUACAGCACUAAUAUUUAAUGUCGCGCAAACUCAGUUUGCUCAUCGACCACCACUUGCUUGUGCGGUCGAUAAUGAUUGUCGAAUUUUCGAAUUCUGUUUCAACCGGCAGUAUUGUCCUGGAGGUUUUUGUCCUUUAAAUAUGGUAUGUGCUGGAAAUCAGUGUGUUCGGGAUCCACUGGCACCACCAUCAUGCCCAGAUGGAUGGACACAAAAUGAUCAAUUCAAGGCAUGCUAUAUUAUCAACCUUGGCUCAUAUAAUUACAUUGGAGCCAAUAUUGAAUGUACUGCUCGAGGAGGGCACGUCACUUCUGUGCAUUCACAUGCAGAAAUGAACUUCAUAAAUAGUCUCACUGGUGGUAGUCCAUUUUGGAUUGGGCUUCGCAAGCACGGUUUCGUUUACCAAUGGGAUGAUGGAACAGCAGUAAAUUUUACCAAUUAUAGAGGGCGGGAACCAGAUAAUUGUUGCCCCAGAGGAGCUGCUUUUUGUACACUCGUCAAUUACAUAGGUAGCGCUGGUCAAUGGGAUGAUGCUGGCUGCAAUGAGGUUUGGCGUCCACACCAAACAAAAAUUGUUUGUAAACGACCACUUGCUUAA